CAGUAAGAGUUAAUUGAAUAUAACAAUCUUACCGUUAUAUUUAACAUACAUCAUGUUGUUUAUCCAGCAGCUUAUUAUUAGAAGCAGUCAAACCUCAAAUAAUUCAAAAAUACUUAAUUUGCGGUUUAAACCGGACUGUUCAUAAAACUAAGUUAAAUUAACAUAAAAACUAAGAAAUAAUAACUAUUUAAUAUACUCUCAAUAUGUAACAAAGAAUUUAAAGACCAUUGACAUAAACCCAUCCAGUGUGUACUAGCCUUACAGUAUAAAUUAUCAAACAACCUUGAAUUCGAGUAAACACUUCAAAUAAAUUAUAUAAUCUAAAUUCGGGUACACAAUCAUGAGUGCCAUGAGGAUAGGAGCGCGCGCGUUUACUACGCAUUUGCUGUCAAAAGGCCAGGCCGGCAACAGUUUACUUAGCCAAAGAAAUAUAUCAACAACAAAUAUCAACAAUAUGAAAUUCGUACAGUUCACUUACAAUAAUGACCCGAAGCAAAUCCGAGCCGGAUAUUUAGAUGGGGACCGUGUUGUUGAUAUUAAUAAAAUUGAUUCUAAUGCCCCUCAGACUUUGUUGGGUUUGUUGAAUUCUGAACAUAUUGGCAAAGUUUUUGGCUACCCAUCUUCAAAGCCACAAAGUGUACCACUCUCAGAUGUCACACUAAAGGCUCCAAUCCACGGCAUGGACAAGGUCCUCUGCGUAGCCCUAAACUAUGAUGAUCACUGCAAGGAACAGAACUUACAAGAACCUAAGAUUCCGAUUAUCUUUAGCAAGUUCUCGAGCACAAUCAUUGGGCCAAAUGAAGCUGUGAAGAUUAGGACUCAUAUUUCAAAGAAAGUUGACUGGGAAGUGGAGCUGGCUGUGGUCAUCGGCAAGACUGCGUCGUCUGUGAAAGCUGCGGAUGCAUACAAAUACAUAUUCGGGUACACCGUCGCUCAGGACAUUAGCGGACGAGACUGGCAGAAAGAGUCCAAUGGAGGUCAAUUUUUGCUGGGAAAGUCUCAAGACACAUUCUGUCCAAUCGGGCCCUGUAUAGUGUCAGCAGAUGAGAUCGGCGACCCGCACACAUUGGACAUCAAAUGUUCCGUGAACAAUGAAGAGAAACAAAACAGCAACACUUGUCAACUGAUCCAUAAGAUACCUGACGUUAUUGAAAGGAUUAGCUCAAUAAUGACGCUGCUGCCCGGAGACAUUAUCCUGACUGGUACUCCUGGAGGAGUAGGAAUGCACCGUAAGCCCCCACAAUAUCUCAAACCAGGCGACACAGUCACCAGUGAAAUUGGAAAAAUUGGAACAUUAGUUGUGUCAGUUGAGGAACAUAAUUAAGUUUAAGAUUAUACCUUAUUAUGUUGAUUUAAAGUCGAAAUUCGUGAAAAUUUGACAUUAAUUCUAUUGAAUUUCUGUCAUAAACUGAUCGGUCCAGAGAAUUGGAAAUCGGAUAAUAAUUUCGGCCUUAAAAUAUUUUCUUUAUCUUUUUGAAUACUCUGUACUUAUGUUUUUAUAAUGCAUCUGUUUAUUUUGUAUGAGUAU